GCCCGGCCCGGCCCUGCUUACAACUGACAUCCCGCCGUGGGCCGUUGCAUCCGCUCCGCAUACAUCCUUUCGCAUCAAAAAAUGAAGGCUUUCAUUGUUCUAGCCGCUGUCGCCGUAGCUGCCAUCGCUUUGCCAAGGUCCAAGCGAGCGGCGUACGAGCUGCCCGACGGCGCCGAAUUCCUCGUGGGCGGGUUCCGAACGUCGUUCACGUGCCCGGCCAAGAACGGCUACUUCGCCGACGUUGACAACAACUGCCAGAUAUUCCACGUCUGCAACGUGGUCACCCACGCCGAUGGAAACACCGAGGUGCAGCAGUACAGCUUCCUCUGCGGCAACCAGACCGUGUUCAGCCAGCUGAGCCUCACGUGCGCCUUCGCAGAGGAGGCCGUGCCGUGCCAGAACGCUCCCGACUUCUUCUACGUGAACGACAACAUCGGCGUCGAGACGGCUCCGUUCCUCACUGACAACGACGUCCAGCGGGCGGCGCAGUUGAUUCCGUCUUACAAGGCCAAGGCUUGAAUCCGCCAGCCACCGAUCGCCAAACGCCGAGUGCUUGAUGCCACGAGCCGGGGAUAGUGCAUGCAUUUGUACAUGCGGCGGUGCCUUGUACUGCCGGGAUGCCUUCGUAGGGGUUGCAUAUUUGCUACUAGGUUGAACCAGCUUACGCGUGCCACAGUCGAGGCCGCAGCAACUCAAGAGCGCCCGGGCGUGUAGGGUGGAGAAGCAGAAGCGCUGGGUUGCGUGGCAGCAACUGUGGGCAUUCGUACCGCUAACAGGAACAACAUUCAUACGGUUUAAAUAGAUGCUCUGCUUUUCUGCCUCGCGUAAAACUAAAUAAGCAUGAAUGCUCAACCUGGUUGAGCUGCAUAUUCUGCUGAAAUGCUUUUAGUGGGCAGAAGGGGCUCGAAGACCUAACAUUUUCUCCUAUGCUAUUCUUGAGUGGCGCUGGGCUCAACCUAAUAGCAAAAAAAAAAAUUAAGUGUUUGUGAAGGCAUCCAACUUUGCGCCAGCUACCAGCACCAACGUUGCUUGUUAUUUUUGUUCAAGUCCACCAUGUAAUUCGUAGAUGUCCUGCGCUCCUGCGAGUCGUACUGUUGCUUCGAGUUCUUUUGCAAACGGGACAUGGUGCGCACCGCUUCACGCAGCAACUGCAUGCCGCUACAUAUUACAGGGAAAGACGCGAAAGAUAAACAGCGCUUACAAUCGAAGUGUUGUGUGGUGGCCUUCUUGCUUUGUGAGAAACUUGGCUUGUGCUUGCGCGUCAGAUGCUUGUCACCGUGGUUCAGCUAGCACAGUUGAGACUAAAUAAAAAAAAGAACUUGGUUACAGUGCAGAUGUAUGCAUGAAACCUAAGAACGAGUACCUAAGAGCUUAUGCUGCCAUGUCAUAAAAGGUCGGGCGAGUAUGACGGUAACACGGGCAUACCACAAGUACUUCAACGUAUAAGCUUUACCCAUGUUUAGAACUGCGGGGACAUUUUGUUGAGGGAAAUGGGAAAUGUGAUUUUGUUAGGUGCGCAUGCACCGAAACUUGUGCAGCAAGUAUACUUUCGGUACAGGAGUUGUGAUAUUCCAGUGCAAAUCGAGGGUCGCUCCUACAGCGUCCCAGUGAAAAAGAUCUAUUAUGGCUACAAGUAUUACGUGCAGGCCACAAUCUUGAGUCUGCACACGCAACAUUCCUUGGCUUUCCCUCAAAAUUAUACACGCUUACACGCAUACUCGCGAAUUUUUUACCGUAGAAGUUCACGAAGCUUCACUGCAGCCUGAAGCGCUCGCAUGCGAUGUAAUGCUUGGGUUAUUUUCCUACAAGACGCAACGCAGGGGCACACGCAUAUAGUCAUUGCUUCAGGAGAUACUCGGUGGCGCUGUUCUCAUAUUUGUUCGUGCACUAACGUCAUUCAUUGUGGCGCCGUUGUGGUGGUUUUGUUCAUCGUUGUUGUUCGCGUCUCCACGUGUUUCCUUGUCUGUACUUCUGGGGUGGCUGUGGGUCUUGUCCUGUGUAUAUAGACGCACUGGUUGCUCUCCCAUUUCUCUCGUGCUGUGCAUGCUCUCUGUUGUACAGUUGUUAUACAGAAAACGUUGCAUUUUAACACUGCCAAUAAAUGUGUGCGCAUUAUGA